AUGAAGAUUUUACUAGUGGCGUCGGAAAGAGCCAGUGGUUUUGCAGACAUUUGGACUGAAAACGACGAGCUUGCCUUACCCAAGUUCAACCCGCUGGCCCAUCCACCUGCCUAUAGCUCCCUCCUGGCACCGCCGCGAGACGACGUGCCGUUGAUUGAACCGUGCUCCGGUCAGCUAAGAGCCGGGGCAGAGGUUGAUUUGGGAAUGCAGGAUAGGAGCAGAUUUAUUGAUAGAGUUUAUGUUCCGUCUGAUCUGUGGGUCCCUGCUGACGCGAGAGAAACACCUCAGACUCCUUCAAUCAGACCUUCAACUGUGAUAUGCGACGCUUCUAAUGACAAGUGCUGGAACUCUAGAAAUAGGUUAGAGUUAGCAAUGCAAGCGAGCUUUCAAGGCCGGACAAGCAGAGACGACCUUGAACCAGAUUCUACAAAAAUCCCGUGGACUGCCAAAACACUCUAUAGGAGUACGCGUCCCUCGGUUCUUGCUGACUGGAUGAACAGGGCAGCUCACCGCUAUAUCUAUACGUCAGCAGCUCAAAGAGGUUAUGAAGACAUAGACUGGGACUCCAAAUUACCCCCUCGUAUUGAACCUCCACCAACCACUCUCAAGAAAAUGGCUGACCCUCUAAAUCAGCACUUUUCUUUGAAGAGAUACCAUGCUAGGCCAGAACUUUGGCAGGCUAUAGGACCUCAAUGGAAUAGACAUCAAGUUCGUGCCACAUAUAAUAUGAAGAAACCUAUUAGUUUCACCAGCCCAUGGGCAAAAUUGGACCAAAUUCCAUUAUAUUGUGGUGUGGUGGGCUCUGAGAACAUGGACAGUGUGGACAGGCCAGAGCAAGACUUCAGGCCGCUGACAUGUCUGCGCACCACUUUGCCCUCUUACACACCCACAGCCCACCGCCCUACCAUCCCUGGUUACACAGGUAGAGCUGUGCAUGACAGACCUCACACAGCCAUUAGCCUGCCCUCUCCAUUGUCCACUCUUCACACUGCAAGGAGCAGUUCAACUCCCACAUCCUAUGGUCACAAGGCUCCUCUGUCCAGAAUGGUCACCACUGUCCCACCAGGCAAUCCUUAUCUUCAUUACUAAACUUUGUUGUUCUUGUCUAACUCUGGGACAAAAAGGCAUUAAGCAUUAAACACAGGAACAAAGUGGUUAAAAAAGUGGAAAAAGAUGGUCGUCCCUUUUCAAGAAAUCCAAUCUGUACUUGUGAAUAGAUAUAUAAUAAUGUGAUAGCAAUGACUGAUUUUCUGUGAGUUCAGAAUAAUGAAAUGCCUCAUUACCAUAAUUUCCCUUGAUUCAGAUCAAGAGGUUCUGUGAAUUUUGAGGAUAUGUCAUUGUAUUACACUUUGCAUAUGUCUGUGGUGAGUGUUUUUCUGUGUCUGUGUGUGCACUAAAUUGUCAUUUCUACAUAGUUUUUUCUUAGAUCUUUUUAUAUAUUUUGACUGUCUUAAUGGAAAGAUGGUGGUCGGGGUCUUAAAAGGAUCUUGAUUAAGUUUCACAUUAAACGAGUAGGGUGAAAUUUCAUCUCAGGAAUGUAUGCAACAUUAGGAAGCAUAAAAAGAACACUGCUGUGUCUCAAGAAGAUUAUGAAGUGCUCUACUUCUCCACCCCAAGAAAUGUGGUUUGGAGAAGAAAAGAAAAUGGCAGUAUAGCUUCACCUGUUGACAGGAAAUAGGAACGUGCUGGUUUCCUGUUUCCCCUUUAACCUUCAUUUCUGUGCUUUACUUACAACUCAGGAUUUAGCUCAGAUAGUACAGGCAAACAUAUUUUAGUCUGAAAGAUGAUCCCCUUUUAGCACAGUUCACUUUUAUUUUUCAGUGAACGCAUCAAUAGGAAAUGCUUUACACAUUAUUUAAUUCAGAAUUGUAUUAGUCCUAAGGUUUUUACUAGAACAGAUCAUAACAAAUUGCAACUUUUGUUCAUUAACAUGUAAUCCUGAGGCACUAAAGCAAAAACUGAUAAUCCAGGUGGUGAAAAUUUCAGGCAAGUUGUGUUGAACAAAGGCCUGAGGAAUGACAGUUCUACAAUUUUCAGUAUGUGUCAGGUGGCAUUGAUGAGGUCAGUGCACCCUACCAGCACACUUAGCUCACAGUUCCUGUCUGUUAGUUGGUCGGCAAAGCCGUGGGGGGAAUGGACCAUUCCACAGCAUGUCCAGAGAUGGAGAUGUGGUUUGAAGAUAACUAACGUCCAUCACUGGGCCCAUGGACGUUUUGACUUUUGGAGGGCCCCCAAAGUGCUUUUUCUUUCAUAAGAUACAAGUAGCUUUCUCUGGGCUCUCUACAUCUAAGCAUUAUAAGUUCUAAUAAGAACAGACUGAAAAGGUGAGA